AUGAUUAAGAAGACGGAACAAAUGAGUUUACUUAGAAUUCAGCACAAAAGACAAAAAGAUGAAAAGUGUGAAAGAGAUAAUUCAUUUAGGUUCAAAAAUUGCUAUAUUCAUUUAAACGAUCUCCAGGAGUUUCCAGUUAUUGCGGAGAAGUUUUUGGAGAUGGUGGAGCUGCAGGUCAUCUUGAAGAACUCUGACCCUCAGAAGGACAAACCCUUCUUGGGCACCAUCACGCUUAAGUCCACUCCCUGCCCCAAGUUCUCUGUAUGUGUUUUGGGGGAUCGGCAGCACUGUGAUGAGGCCAAGGUUAUGGAUAUUCCCCACAUGGACAUUGAGGCACUGAAGAAACUCAACAAGAAUAAAAAGUUAGCCAAGAAGUAUGAUGCCUUUUUGGCCUCAGAAUCUCUGAUCAAGCAGAUCCCACAAAUCCUGGGCCCACACCUGAAUGAGGAUGGCAAAUUCCCUUUCUUGCUGACCCACAAUGAGAACAUGGUGGCCAAAAUGGAUAAAGUGAAGUCCACGAGAUUCCAGAUGAAGAAGGUGCUGUGUCUGGCAGUGGCUGUUGGCCACGUGAAGAUGACAGAUGAUGAGCUUGUGUACAACAUCCACUUAGAUGUCAGUUUUCUGGAAUCACUGCAAAAGAAGGAUUGGCAGAAUGUCCGGGCUUUGUACAUCAAGAGGAUCAUGGGCAAGCCCCAGUGCCUGUAUUAA